AUGGCUACCGUCAAUAUCCGUCGCGAUGUCAAGGACAACUUUUACAGAUACAAGAUGGAGAGAAUCCAGUCUAAGAUCGAGGGAAAGGGCAACGGUAUUAAGACCGUCAUUGUCAACCUCACCAGCAUUGCCAAUUCGCUGGCCCGCCCAGGAGCAUAUGUUAUCAAAUACUUCGGCUUCGAACUCGGGGCUCAGACCAACAACAAUCCUGCUGAUGAUCGUUGGAUCAUCAAUGGUGCCCAUGAGGCAAGUAAGUUGCAGGAUUAUUUAGAUGGCUUCAUCAACAAGUUCGUGCUCUGCAAGGAGUGCAAGAACCCCGAAACCGAAGUGAUCUUCAAGGAGGGCAAUAUCUUAUUGGAUUGUAAGGCAUGCGGAAAGCGAUCCAUGGUCGACCCCAGACUUAAGUUGAGCGGCUUCAUAAUGAAGAAUCAACCUUCCAAGAAAAGCAAGAAAGAUAAAGCAGAAAAGAAAGCGGCUCGUAAGGCCAAGGCUGACAAGGGCGAGUCUAAAGAAAAUGGAAAUGCUAGUGGGAGCGAAAACGCAUCUGAAAAUGGAUCCAACGACAACAAUGGCGAUGUGGUACUCGAUGCGCCAAGUGAUGAUGAGCUUGUUCGUCAAGCAGAAGAGCUCCAGCAUUCUACCGAAGUCAGAGACGAUGAUUGGGCUGUCGAUAUGUCCCCAGAGGCUAUCAAGGCACGCCAACAACAACUUCCCGAUGAUCUCAAGCAAAAACUCGUCUUGGGUGGUGGUGGUGGAGACGAGGACGAUGAGGAAGAGGGCGGGGGAAACUCCACCUAUGAUCAACUCGCAAACUGGAUCGAAGAACAAACAGUGGAGAAGGGUGACGUCAGCAAGGUAGACGAUCUUGAAAUCUAUCUCAAGGCGAAGGAGUUCGGGAUCGAGGCAAAGCACCGCACACUCAUCGUCCUCGCUCUCACACUUUUCGACGAAAACAUUGUGAAGCAAAUCCCAAAGCGAGCAGGCAUGCUUAAAAAUAUAAUCACUUCCGAGAAACAUGAAAAGGCCCUUCUCGGUGGAAUGGAAAAGUUUAUCGGCCAACGCGGUCAGAAGGAACCUGAAUUCUACGAGAAGACAUCAAAGGUGCUCAUGGUUCUCUACGAUCAGGAUAUCCUCUCCGAGGAAGUUAUCACCAAGUGGGGCACUAAGGCCAGCAGGAAAUACACCGACCUUGCCACAAGCAAGAAGGUUCGCAAGUCAGCGGAGGAGUUCUUGACCUGGUUAGCCGAGGCCGAGAGCGAUGAUGAUGACUCCGAAUAA